AUGAACCAAAGUACAACCGGAACAACUCCACAUGGAUUAGCAUUUUCAGGAGCAUUUACCUUUGGAGAAUCCCAAAGAUUACCAUGGGUUAAGAAAGAUGACUUGAUUUCUAGUAAGCUGGAAGUUGAGGGAUGCAAGAAAUUCGAUGAUUAACUCAGGAGGACUGAAUCCAGACUUUCUAGUAAAAUAUCCAGAAGAAAAUCGAAUUUACCAUAAGAUGAAAAAUUAAAACCUGUGAAAGCACCUAAUCCACCUGUUGGAGCUUACAAUAUUCAUAAUGUUUAGGUUAUAGAUGAGGAAUAACUUAAAGUUCUUUUAGAGAAAAAUCCAACUAAGGAAUAAUAAGAUAAAAUCAAGUAAAUGUAUACCAUUUAAACAUCUAUGGGGAAAAGAUUAUCUGGAGGUGAAUUAGAUCUUCAUUAGACUUGGGCAAUUCAUAAACCUGAAGUCGUCAAAGAACAUCCUAUUGGUCCUGGUUCUUAUAACCCAUCUCUCACCAAUCAACAUUCAUAGCCAGUUUUUGGAUUUGGUUACAAGUAAGAAACUAGAUGGGCAAAAGAAGGGCCUUCACCAGACUAAUACUAUAACUCUGAAAGUUUCAGCUAAUUCAAAACAGCCACAAGUUGGGCUACCAAUAAAGGAAAGAAGACAGGAUUUGGAACUGCAAAAAAAUUAUAAUUGCCAAAAUCAAUUGAUGUUGGACCUGGAGAUUAUAGGGAAAGUACUUAAGAUUUAGCACCCAAAUAUUCCAUCCCAAAAGCAGAAAGAGAACUGCCUUCUCAUAAAGUUGUUCCAAGUCCUGAUACUUAUUCUCCAGCAAUGAACUAGUUGAAAAAAGCUUUUAGUUUUGGUCAUAAAUAUAUUCCUAUUUUGACUACUGAUUAUUUCGAUCCAGGACCAGGAGCUCAUGAUCCAAAAUUACCUCAUCCUUCCACUGCCAAAGAAAUUAAAAUGCUAAAAUAAAACAGAUCCCAACUUGUUUCAAAAGAAUCAUCAUUGAAACCAGGACCUGGUACUCAUGAUCCUUAAAUGGCUCCCACUCGAAUUUCACAUAGCAAAUCUUAAUUAUCUAUGGGAACUGGUGAAAGAUACAAUCCCAAUACUGACUUUAGACUAUCAAGAGAUAGAGUGCCUUCUCCAGGAAAAUAUGAUGUCAAUUCAAGUUUACAAGGUCCUAAUUAUUCAAUUCGGCUCAAGUAUGAACAAAGAAAUCAUAAUAUUACACCUGGGCCAGGAUAAUACGAUCCAGAUUCUCAACUUGUUACAGAUUCAUUUACUAAACCUCUUGAACAUUACACUAAGGCCUAAACAGCACAUGCCAGUCUAACAAAAGGUUUUAGAUCUGAUCCAGUGCUUUCGAAAUACAAAAACAUUGGACCUGGUAGCUAUUCACUGCCAUUUAAUACAGGUCCAAGACCAAGUCUCGGAAAGGCGGCUAGAUUCCCUCCCAAGGAAAAAGAAGAAAUAGGCCCAGGGUCCUACUACAUCACAGGAACAAUUGGAAUCAUACCGAAAUAUCAUUUUGAAAGAAACAGAGAUAAAAUGCAAUCCUCAUUUUCUUAAUUUGAUAAAUUUAGCAGAUGA